AAUACUGUAUCGCGAAGCAGAACGCAUCACCGCUCUGCUGUUUCACAUCCUGGUUUGUGCUACAGGCUGCUUGUUUGUGAUCCUGUGAUCUGCGCCGACGGCGACUGUGACCGACGCGAUACACUGUUAGUGCUGUUGGUACUCUUCUACAAGCACAACUCGUGAAGUUUGCAGGGACAUUUUGAAAAUCCAUUGUGGAGAAACGAGGAGACCCAGUCACUCUCACAGCUCACCUACAUAGAUGGAGCGGCUCCACUGGGUAUGGCAUCGCUGUCAGACACUGAUGGGACGUGAAUCAGGGCAAGGCUGGUACUCUUCGACAGAUGGCCUACCCAACAAGAACUCACUUGAUACCCAGUGCUCUCCACAUAGAGUCAGUGGGAAGCGGAGAACAGUAUUUGCUCACCAAGGGCCCCACCAACAUGAGUAUGAAGCAGUGUCCAAAAACUACAAGGGCAAUGCCAUCCGCACUACCAAAUACAGACUUUUGACUUUCAUCCCCAUGAACCUUUUCCAGCAGUUCCGCAGAGCUGCCAACCUGUACUUCCUGUUCCUGGCACUGUUGAACUGGGUGCCAGUUGUAGAAGCCUUUCAGAAGGAAAUCACCAUGAUUCCUUUGCUGGUGGUUCUGACUGUGAUUGCCAUCAAAGACGCGCUUGAAGACUACAGGCGCUAUUUGUAUGACAAAAAGGUCAACAACAAUGAUGUGCGAGUGUUCUGUGGCAAGCAAAAAGAGUAUGUUGAGCAAUGUUGGAAGGAUGUGCGAGUGGGAGACUUCAUCUGUCUGUCGUGUAAUGAAAUCAUUCCUGCUGACAUGCUGCUGCUCUAUUCCUCUGACCCCCGUGGGGUUUGUUACAUUGAGACUGCAAACCUGGACGGAGAGACCAACCUGAAACAAAGACAGGUCAUUCCAGGGCUUCCUCUGCAGGGAGGAGAGUUCACCCCUGAAAACUUCCACAGUCAUAUUGAGUGUGAGAAUCCAAACAAUGACUUCAGCAGGUUCAGAGGCUACAUGGAGCAUUCCAGUGGAGUUCGUGUUGGCCUGCACAACAACAACCUCUUGUUAAGGAGCUGCACUAUCCGCAACACUGAGACUGUGAUAGGCAUCGUAAUCUAUGCCGGCCACGAGACUAAAGCCAUGAUGAAUAACAGUGGGCCGAGGUACAAGUGCAGCCAUCUGGAGAAGCGUCUGAACACAGAUGUUCUGUGGUGUGUGGCCCUGCUCAUCAUUAUGUGUCUGACUGCUGCUGUAGGUCACGCGCUUUGGCUGAAGAACAUAAAAGACCCGGUGUUUGUGAUUGAUGUGGAGACACCUCCUGCCUUGGCUGGAUUCUAUGUCUUUUGGACCAUGAUCAUUGUGUUGCAGGUGCUCAUUCCCAUAUCUCUGUACGUCUCCAUUGAAAUCGUGAAACUGGGCCAGAUAUAUUUCAUCCACAAUGACAUAGACUUGUACAAUGAGCUGCUGGACUCCAGGAUUCAGUGUCGAGCCCUCAACAUCACGGAGGACCUGGGUCAGAUCCAGUAUCUGUUCUCUGAUAAGACAGGAACUCUGACAGAAAACAAUAUGGUGUUCCGCCGCUGCAGUAUCUUUGGGGUUGAAUAUCCUCAUGAGGAAAAUGCACGGAGGCUGGAGGUGUGUGCGGUGGACAACAAGGCUGUAGGUCACGCAAUGACUCUGAGGUCAGGCUGCAGUAGAAAAUCUCUGAGCUGUCGCUCCCUUAGCUGCAACCGCAGCUCUGUGUCUCUGCACACCCUUACUGCUGAGUCGGAAGGAGAGGAGGACCCACUGUCCAAUCACAUUCAGGCCACAACCAGAACCAGUGCCUUCUACAGCCACAUGGAGAAGGAGGUUGUGCCAGACCCUGAGCUUGUGAAGAAGCUGAACUGGUUUUGCUCUCCCAUGCUACCUCUGAAAGAGGGCUCCUCUGGAACCUCAUCCAGCCUUGAGCUCACCUACAUCACUGACUUCUUCCUGGCACUGACCAUCUGUAACAGUGUGGUGGUCUCCUCGUCCAGUCAGCCACGGCAUGUGGUACCUGAAGCAAGAAUGCCUCUAAAGUCACUGGAGGAAAUCAAGCUGAUGUUCCAGCGCUUCAGCUUCUCUCCGUUCACAUCCUUGUCCACCCUGUCUCCACACCAGGUCAAAGGCAGUCCUCGCAGCUUCACCAGCAGGCUAUUCACUCGGGGGAAGACUGAAUUCCUCACCUCCUCCACACCACCUAACAGUUCUACAAGUGAAACAGAUCCAGGGAAAGAGAGCAACUUGGAAACCUCUAUUCUGAGGGAUAAAGUGGACUUACCUUCACAAGAGAAGGGAGGAAAUUCUGGACCUGUGGAGGAUGAUAUCAAGGAUGCAAAGACCACAGACAUUUGUUGUGGGGCUGGACAGGAUUUGGAAACAGACUAUGAUAGUGAUGCUGAUGAUGACCUGCUGUAUGAAGCAGAGAGUCCAGACGAGGCAGCUCUGGUGCAUGCAGCGCGGGCAUACCACUGCACUCUGAGGGGACGCUCUGCAGAAAGCCUGCUGGUGGAUCUGCCUGGAAUUGGCUCUCUGUCUGUGCAGCUGCUUCAUAUCCUGCCCUUUGAUUCCAACAGGAGGAGGAUGUCAGUGGUGGUCCGACACCCACUCACAGGACAGGUGGUAGUUUACACCAAGGGAGCCGACUCUGUCAUCAUGGAUUUGGCUGAGACACCUAAGGGUGAUGAGCAAGCACAAGAGAUCGACUGUCAAAUCAAAGAACAAACCCAAAAACAUCUAGACAGCUAUGCCAGAGAAGGCCUCCGCACACUCUGCAUUGCUAAGAAGGUUUUGGAGGAGGAGGAGUACGAAGUGUGGCUGAGGAGACAUGUGCUGGCAGAAAGCAGUAUUGACCACAGAGAGGAGCUGCUGCUCGAGUCAGCUGAGAGACUGGAGACAAACCUCACCUUGCUCGGUACCACAGGCAUUGUGGACAGAUUGCAAGAGGAAGUCCCAGAGACCAUUGAAGCUCUUCAGAGGGCUGGGAUCAAAGUCUGGAUCCUCACUGGAGACAAACAAGAGACAGCCAUUAACAUUGCUUAUGCCUGCAAACUCAUAGGACCCUAUGACCAACUGCUGAGAGCCAACUGCGGAAGCAAGGAAGCUUGUUCAGCUUUUCUUGACGAGCUCAAACUAGAAGUGCAGCAUGGUCAAGAGAGUUUGACUGACGGGGUUGAAGCAGAAGAUCAUGGGGAAUCCUCCUCACGCAGCUUUAUUCUGGUUAUUGAUGGCAAGACACUGGACUGGGCUCUUCAGGAAGAACUACAAAGUGACUUUGUGGAGCUGAGCCGCAAAUGCAAGGCAGUCAUCUGUUGCAGGUCCACUCCACUGCAGAAGAGCCAGGUGGUUCGGCUGAUUCGGGACCAGCUUCGCGUCAUGACCCUGGCCGUGGGUGAUGGAGCCAAUGAUGUAAGCAUGAUUCAAAUGGCUGAUGUGGGCAUUGGGAUAUCUGGUCAGGAGGGACUGCAGGCUGUGAUGUCCAGUGACUUUGCUGUCUCCAGAUUUAAACACCUCAGCAAGCUGCUGCUAGUUCACGGUCACUGGUGUUACUUUCGUCUUGCGAACAUGAUCCUCUACUUCAUCUACAAAAAUGUGAUGUAUGUGAAUCUGCUGUUCUGGUAUCAGUUCUUCUGUGGCUUCUCUGGGAGUGUGAUGACCAAUGCCUGGGUGCUGAUCUUCUUCAACCUGCUCUUCACCUCCAUUCCUCCUCUCAUCUAUGGCAUUCUAGACAGAGACUUGCCUGCAGACACUUUGAUGGCAGUUCCUGAGCUCUACCAGGAUUCACACACCUCCAAGCUCCAUCUUCCCUACAUGUUCUGGAUCACAGUCCUGGAUGCGUUUUACCAAAGCCUUAUCUGCUUUUUUAUACCUUACUUUGCACUGACAGGAUCAGAUGUUGGAGUGCUGUCAUUUGGAUCUCCUAUCAAUGCCUCAGCUCUGCUCAUUGUCCUGCUGCACCAAGUCCUGGAGAGUCACACUCUGACGUGGAUUCAUGUCUUGGUGCUGUUGCUCAGCGGUGGCUCCUACUUUGGCUUUGUGCUGCCCUUCAGUGUCUACUGUGUGACCUGCAGCCCCCCCACCAACCCUGUUGGAGUAGAAACUCUCCAAAUGUCUCAGCCUCUCUUCUUCAUCAUAUGUGCGAUCACAACUGUGACAGCACUGUUACCCAGGUGGUACCACUAUGACCUGUCCCGUCAUGCUGCAGAAGCCCUCCUCUUGUCCAAUGGCACUGAUGGAAGUUAUCUCCUGAGAAACAGUAAUGAGGGACCAGGCUGCUUUGCCUUGUCUGUCAGGGCCAAGGAUUCGGUCAAGCAUUUUCAUGUGACACGCAAAGAUGGUGGCUAUGCAUUUGGCUUCAAUGAGUUUGCAACCCUUCAAGACUUUGUCCAUCACUUUGCAAACCAACCUCUGCUGGGCAGCGACACAGGAACUCUAAUCGUACUGAAGAGACCGUACCCAUGGCGUGUGGAGGAACCGUCCAUCUACGAGUCUGUGCGAGUUCACACAGCCAUACAGACGGGCCGCACAGAAGAUGACCUUGUGGCCAAUGCACCAUCGCUGGGCACAAAAGAAGGAUAUCUGGUGAAACAAGGAGCGAUUGUGAAGAACUGGAAACAGAGGUGGUUCACACUAAACAGAUAUGAGCUCAGAUAUUUCAAAGACAAAAUGUGUGAGGAGCCCAUUAAAACCCUGGAUCUGACAGCCUGCUCUGCAGUCCAGUUUGACUAUUCUCAGGACAGAGUCAACUGCUUCUGCCUGGUGUUUCCUGAGAGAACAUUUUAUCUUUGUGCAAAGACGGGUGUGGAGGCAGACGAGUGGAUCAAGAUUCUGAGGUGGAAGCUGUCCCAGAUGAGAAAAGGUCGAUGAUUGCCAUCAGUGAAAACACACACUAUGGACAAAAGCCCCGUCUUCCAAGAGGGUGUGACAUCAGCUGGAUGAACAAUGAAGAAAUAUGGUCAUGUCUGGAAAAUGAACUUGAUCAUGAAAAACACUGGUACACAUUUCCCUGAGUAGACUCAACAUAGUCUGUUAAUUUGGGUGGGACUCCAUUUUGCUUCAAGACAUUCAAUUUUCAUGUCUGUUCCUAUAAUGCUGUAAGUUUGACGGACACAUUGAUCUAAAGAAAAUGAGGGCUUAAUGUUAGCAACUGAAACCCUUAAAUCCUGCACCCUUCACUGACUUUGAUAAAGUGUGCGCCUGAGUGCAAGAGGCAUGAAUAGGAAUUAGAUAGGACAUAUUCCUACCAUACCAAAUAAUUAAGAUUAAAAUUAUAGAGAUCAGGACAUCACGUCACUCAGUAUUUAUUAACUGCCAUCAGCCUAAGGUGUGGCAAAAUGAACAGGAUCGGAGCUGGAUUCAACCUGUCAGAGUUCAGUGUUCACUUUAAAUUAACUGAGAUCGACCGAUAUAUCGCAAGACAGACAGAAAGUAUUUGAUCAUUAUAAUGCCCCAGAUGUGCUUUUUACAAGUUUGGUACCAUAACAUCAGGACAUUAUAUCAGACCUGCAGUAUCCUGACAUCUUCAACAUCCUGAUAAACUUCCCUUUAUCUUACUCCAAAGAGUCCCUGAAGGCUUGUAAGAGCUUGGAGGGAAACAAAUGGAUUCAAUCUGGGUUUGAAACAAACAUUCAACAAGACCAAUCACAGGGCAAUUCAGAGAGAGCAGGGCCUCCUAUUGGCUGUUUCACUGCACCUACUACUACUAUACAGGUCUCUCUAAUUAAAUAAUAUCUAGUCCAGCACAACAGUUGUUUGCACCCUGCAAAAAGGGAAGGAUUCUAAGAGUCACAAAAUAAACACUUGUUUAACUGGUAUUUAAAUAACUUUAAUUAAACUUGAUAAUUUUUUUUUUCUGUGAUUGUGCCUACAACAGCUUUAAUUUGGUGAAAGUGGAACUUCUUGUUUUCAGUUGUUUUUUUACUUAAAGAGUGGACGAGGGAUUAUUUAAAAAUAAUGGCCAUAUUGCCAUCUAAAGAAAGUAAUAGCAUAGUCUUACAUUCCUGUAAUUAUUCUCCUACCACAUGGCUCUUCUUGGGGUUUCUUUAAUUUUUCUUUCCAGUUAAUGGGUUUUUUUGGGGAGUUUUCCUGACCUGAAUCCAGGGAUGUAGGCAACAAUGCAAAAGGACAAAUACAUUGAUUGCAUUGGUGAGCUUUUUGUUCAGUGGCUGAAAUCUGAUUUUCUUGUUGGUUCUCAGCACACUCAGAUGGGGCACAUUUUCUAUAAAAAUGGAAAUAACUAAAAAAGGCAAAACUACUUACAUGAUCAAUUUAAUAUUUACUCAGACUUAAACAUACACACUCUCUUACAUGUGAACAUACUGAUGAACAGCACCUCUAUUCUACAGGAAACAUAAAGCCAUUACUUUGAACUGCAAAGCCAUGAAUUUAACUUUAGAUGGAAAUAUUCAGUGAGCAAUGUGAUCCAGACAGAUGAUCUUGAACAUGAUUGUUCAUUCUUUCUGUGCUUAUGUCACCUCCACCACCUGCCUCAGCUCCUCAAUUAGUGGAGCCAGCUCCUUCUCCAGACUCAUGAUGAUACCUGUGGAAACACAGAGGAAGUUGAUGUCACUUCAACCAGGCAACUAGACACUUGACAAAACACCUGCAUAGGAACAAGUGGGGAAACAGCUCUGUGUGCUAAACAGAGGGUGAAGCAACUAUAAAUAUAUAAUGACAACACCAACACUCCAGCUCUACACACAAACCAUCAGAGGGACUGCAAAGGAUGGCUCAGGACUAGGGAUGUUAUGAUUAACCAUGAUUAUAAAUGUCACUGUAGGAUAACCGCAAGACUUUGAUAAAUGACAGCGUCUGGUGACGUUGGGAUAGCGUGUGCUCAGCGUACCACACACAUACAGCUUACCUGGCAAGUGAAAGAACUGGAAAAUGGCCGAGGGACGAAGUAAUCCGUGAUACCCAGUUAGUUCACAGUGAGGGACCAUUUUAGCUAUUUAAAUUUUUUUAACUAGGACUAGAAUCUAACUAGGACCGGAGUGUCCUAGUUAAUGAUGUGCAUCUGAUCUGCAGAGCCAUAUAUAGCUAUAGGCUAUCCAGCUAGCUUUGUGGCUAUGUGGCUAUAUUAAAAUUAAUAGUUUCAUAUUAAGUAUUUGAUUUGAUUUGAUUUGAGCAAGAUCUUGCAAAACUUUCAUUCUUCAUUCAUGUACUUCUUGGUCAGUUUGACCCAUAGAGACUGUAAACAAACAUAACAACGGAGCAUUCACCCGUGGGAGAGGAUCUGUGCUUGCCAGUAAACACGGUUUCCUUAUAAGUGAGAGACAUCUGAAGCUUUAUGCAAGAGGACACUCUCGUCGGAAAAUGUACUGUGACUUGGCGGUCCUGAUUGAGUUCAUACGCAACCAAAUACAGUACUCUGGACAGCUUCACAGUUAUCGGUGUUUGCCAAAUGCAGAGAACAUAGGCUACGAGUGAGAAAAGAGGAUGUACACUUGGUGUUGAAGGAGCUGGAUCCCAGAUAUGGAAUCAGAAUUGGGUCAAUAAUCCAGCGCACAAAUCAAUGACUCACAAGCGUGAGUCCCUUUAAACUGUCCCUUUAAUUACAUUAUUUUCUGUGUUUACGGUUUAACCUGUUUUCGAAAAAAAGAAACAAACAAAAAAAAGUUUAAAAACUAACACUGUUUGACUGGACUGAUGUGAAGGUGAACAGUGACUUACGUAAGAGAUUUUCUUACCCGUGUUGGCGUUGCUACUAGCAAUGAAACUGAUGACCAGUGGUAAUCGAUUGAACUGCACAAUCUGUUGAAUAGAUACACAACAAACGUGAGGUUGCAAAGUAAGCAGACUAAAGUAUACUGAUCACUGCAAAUUUUCUUUGAAAAAAAACAAGAAUCAGCACACAACAUUAACAAUUACAAGGUAUCCACCAGUCAUACCAUACAAGAGUUCUAGGCUAUUCCCUGGACAUCAGAACUGCCAAAGUUUUCAUGACACUGCAGCGGCAUACUUUUUACAGCAGGAAACAAGCGUGGCUAUCAGGCUUUUCUCUCUCUCUCUCUCUCUUUUUUUUUUUUGUUUAAAUGGUGGAUGAGACCAACCAGAAAAGUUCAUUCAUUCAUUCAUUCAUUCAUUCAC